CGUCUUCUUAACGAAACAGUGGAAAAGGGCACUCGACCUAGAGCGGGAAUUUCAAGUGACAAGUUUGUUCCUCGACCUGAAAUUGUAGAACGCCUUAAAAGAAUUUUUCAACCCCAUGAAGAUCAAUCAUUUUAUUACAUGGUUUGCGUUGAACACGGAGUCAUAUACAUUGAUGUUCCUGCAAAUUUCAAUAAAUUAGGUGAAGCUUUCGGAAAAGCCAUUAAUUUUACAUUUGAGGAAAGUAUUUCUUUUACGGGACAGCUAAUGCGAAAAAUAUUAGGUGAAACUAAUACUAAUGAUAAACUUAAGAUUUCUGAAUGGGAGAGAGCUAUGGACGCUUUUAAACGUGCCUCUGCAGUGUACAAAGCAAAGUACAAUAAACCACCGGUUAUCGUUUACGAUAAUAUUAGUCGAUUAGUUCACAUAAAUCCGGAAAUCCUUGACAUCCUUCAAGAUGAUGCCAAGGAUAAUGCCGAUGACAGAAAAUACAUCGCUGUGUUUGUCAGCAGUGAAGGAAAUGUCCCGAGAAGAAUGCAGUGUAAAGAAGAAUCAUUGAAUUACCUUAUCAAUAAGCGUGGAAUCAAGACUGUCAAGGAGGGCAAGGUCGAUACCACAGAAGCAGAGAAAUUAUUUGAUUUGGUUGGUGGACGCAUUGUAGAUCUGAAGUCUGUAGCAGAUAAAUAUCUGAAAGGAAUACCCAUUGAAGUUGAAGACAAAUUCAGGACUGCAAAACUUCUUGAAACUCAUGAACAUCAUGAAGUAGGAAAACGUAUCAUCAGUGUUUUGCUGGUUUCUAAAGAGCUUAGCCGUAUUGCAUUUGAGAAAUUUUUCGAUAAGCCCGAGCAAGCAAAUGAAAUCUUGGGAUCCAAU